CUCAUUGGUUCCACUGCUUUCCAUCCGGAACUCUUUUUGGAACAUUUCUGGUGGGAACCAUUUAAACAGAACACACAGCUGGCGCUUUGGAUACAGGCUUCAUUGAAACAUGCCGAAGUUUUACUGUGACUACUGUGACACCUACCUGACACAUGAUUCGCCGUCGGUGAGGAAGACACACUGUAGUGGGAGAAAACACAAAGAAAAUGUGAAGGACUACUACCAGAAAUGGAUGGAGGAGCAAGCGCAGAGCUUAAUCGAUAAAACUACGGCUGCUUUUCAACAAGGCAAAAUCCCACCCACGCCAUUCGCAGGUGGCCCCCCUCCUGGUGGUCCUCCACGUCCAGGCAUGCUGCCCACACCUCCCAUGCCAGGUCCACCCAUGAUGCCGAUGAUGGGACCCCCACCUCACGGAAUGAUGCCUGGCGGACCCGGAAUGCGGCCACCAAUGGGAGCACCCAUGCAGAUGAUGCCGGGACCGCCUCACAUGAUGCGCCAUCCGCGACCCAUGAUGAUGCCAGUCAGGCCGGGCAUGAUGAGACCUGACAGAUAAGAGCAACAGAUUUUUGCUGCUGUUGUUAAGCGUUGUUGCCACAAGGUGAAGCUGCAGAGUGAUAACACACCACCUUCUGUUUCCAAUUUUGUAACCUUCACAUAUUGUCCGUUGUAUAUUUAUUCCUACUUGACUCUUUGGUUAUAAUUGAUGGUAUAGAUAGAUGUCCAAUCCGUUUUGACUAGGACAGUUGAUGGCAAAUAAUCCCACUCAGUCAAAAUAGAUUGGAUGUCUUUGUCAUCAGUGGCAACCAAUAAGUUAAUAACAGACAUUCAACUUUGAUAGAAGACAUCUUGUAGGCCUACUGGUGUUUCCUCACUCUGCUGCCACACCUUUUAGAACGUUGGACUUCGAACAUUUUAUGGUAAUUUUGCUUGUCUUUUUUUUUUUUUUUUAAUUUUUUUAUUUCCACCCUCUGAAAAAUAAAGUGGUCAAUUAUUA